GGGAGAGAGGGCGAGCUGAGCAUCUUAGUCCAUCUCAUUCUCUCCAAGGCAGAUCUCCCGAGCAGUCUUCACCAUGUCCAGCGCUUAUUCCAUGUCUCGAUCUGUCAGAUCCUCUGGUGGAGGCUAUUUUGGAGGCCAUGCACCACGGUCUUCUUAUGCUUCGAGCAUGCAUGGUGGUGCAGGUGGAUCAAAAAUCUCUGUAUCGUCUGGUAAUUUUGUGUCCUCUAGUUUUGGCAGUGGAGGUGGUUAUGGCAUGGGAGGGGGAGCGAGUGGAGGCUUCAGCGGAGGUGGUGGCAUGGACAUCCAUGUUGGGACCAAUGGGAAGGCCACCAUGCAGAACCUGAACGACCGCCUGUCCUCCUACCUGGACAAGGUGCGCAGCCUUGAGACGGCCAACGGUGAGCUGGAGUUCAAAAUCCGCCAGUUCUUGGAGAGUAAGAGCUCCCCCACUUCUCGUGACUACUCUGCCUUCGAGGCCAUCAUUGCUGACCUGCACAGAAAGAUCCAGGAAGCCACCCGUACCAAUGGAAGCAUCUAUCUCUCCAUUGACAAUGCAAAACUGGCAGCAGACGACUUCAGAACCAAGUAUGAGAAUGAGCUAGCCAUGCGUCAAUCAGUAGAGGCAGAUAUCGCCGGUCUCAAGAGACUGUUGGAUGAGCUGACACUGGCCAGAUCAGACCUGGAGAUGCAGAUAGAAGGCCUCAGGGAGGAGCUGAUCUUCCUCAAAAAAAACCACGAGGAGGAAUUGGCAGCCAUGCGAAGCCAGAUGAGUGGACAGAUCAAUGUGGAGGUGGACGCAAAACGACAGCCAGACCUGAGCGGCAUUAUUGCUGACAUGCGUGGGCAAUAUGAGGCUGUGACCGCUAAGAACCAAAAAGAGCUGGAGCUCUGGUUCCAAACACAGUCAGAGACGCUGACAAAGGAGGUGGCCGCCCACACCGAAAGUCUCAACACAUUCAAGUCAGAAAUCUCUGAGCUCCGUCGCUCGCUGCAGGGCCUGGAGAUCGAGCUACAGUCUCAACUCAGCAUGAAAGCGGCUCUGGAAGGCACUUUAGCUGAGACAGAGGCACGGUAUUCCAUGCAGCUCCAGGGCCACCAGAUGCAGGUGACGAGUCUGGAGGAUCAGCUGACGCAGCUGCGUGGUGACAUGGAACGACAGAGCCAAGAAUACAAAAUGCUGUUUGACAUCAAGACACGGCUGGAAAUGGAGAUUACAGAAUACAGGAGGCUGCUGGACGGAGAGAGUAGGUAAUGGGUCUGUACCAGCACUUCAAGGUCAACCUCCAGCAGGGUGGUAAUCACGGAGACAGUGAAUGGCAAGGUGGUGUCCACCACUAGCAGUUCCACCUAAGCUGUCUCCUGUCACCUGACGACCACAAGCAACAUUUCAAUUAUUACUCAAGUACUUCCUUCCUUCACAUACACAUGUGAAUGCAAUAAAAAGCCGUUGUUUGCUGACUAUAA